AUGCGCUAUCAAAACGUCUUUCUGUUUGACAUCCCACAAGAGAUGGUCCAGGUUUCUAAUGGUGUGGACAUAGACGUAUCUAAGCCUGUCUGGAAGGGAGGACGCGUCUCUUUCAUUACUAAGUCGCCAAUGCAUGUCACCGAGCAGACAACUGUUCUGGCCAGUACCGUGUCUUCGUCGAUACCAGUAAUGCACACCAAGACAGAAUAUCUCUACUACUUUUGCAUUUCGGAAAACUAUGUGGGAUUUUUGUUUUACAAAUCCUUGAGAGAUGCGAUGAUCCGUGAUGGAAUCUUGGAGUCUAUCUAUGACCCGAGGCUGUCCUUUAUCACCAGAAAGAAUGAGCGAAUUUUGUCAGUGUACAUAAACCAUUUCUUAGAAACUCCCAGUGAUGUUGCCAAUAGAGGGGAGCAGAACUGCAUGAUCUACGAUGCUAUGAUAGAUGUAACGGACUUACAAGUUGUUUGCGCCGAUAAGCUGAGCUGUAGAGAAAAGUAUGCAGAAGUUAGCGCCAGAUAUCGAUCUGACUUCUCCUUCAUUCGCAGUGGUAUAUACUCUACCAAGGAGUGCUUUGGCUUUAUCUUAGAACGAAAUGGCUGCAUCCCAAUCAGAUUGUUCGUUUUCCAAUCUGAAUUAGAAUAUUCAAAGAGUUCAUAUCACGGCUCUACAGUAAAAGAUGAAGAUGGACAGAAAAUAGAGUUUCAGGAUGUGAAGCAUGGAAGCGUUGUUGUGGAGAACAAAUCGGUAACCUUGAAGUCGCUCUCAGAGGUUUCGUUCUGUGUUGAUAAUGGGCACUAUUCGGCAUGGAUUUGCUUUGCUGGCCAAAAUACAAUUGACUAUGAAUCAAGAGCGAUGGGCGACGACUUUUACUGCAUGUUUCUGGUGAAGCAGUCUACGACUUUGUAG